CAGGAGGGCAGUGAAGACCUGGCUUUUCUGUCUAGGCCGGGUGGAAGGCAUGCUUUGAAUGUUGGGAUAUAUUGGUAGACACAUUACUUUGUUUUGCUUUUUUAAUCCCAUAUGAUGCUGAGAUUUUUACUGCUUUUCAGUUGGUUUAUUUUUAUUGAGGGCUUUUAUUUUAUGACGUUUCUGAUUGUGAGCUGCUCAAAACCUUUGCGGAUGAGCAGCAUACAGAUAUUAUGAAUAAAUAGCUAUGGGUUCAUCAGCGUUUUACACGUUAUGCCUAUAAGAAUUUGGUUGAGUAAUCCAGCUUGGUUAGUUAAAUAAAUGUCUAACUUUUGGAAGUAACUGUUCUGAUCUGGUUAAGGCUGCAAGGGAGUUGGUUAUGGCCAGACACUUCACAAAGAGUGGAAGAUAAGCAAAUCGGGCUGUGCAAAUUGUUUGAAAGAUUCUUAUUUCCCUGAGCCUUCUAAUCCACUUGCUUUUAUUUCCAGGAAAAGCUCUUCUUGCUAAGGAUAGUUCUUUCUCUUUCUUAUUCUGAUAGCAUAAUCAUUUUUAAAUGAAAGUGGUUUUUUUGUAUUGCAGUCUUUUUGUAGCACUACCAUAGUACUCUGUUGCCUUGAAGCGGAAUUGGACAGAAGAGGGAGGCAUUUUGUUAGCAUCAUUGAUGUUUCUUUUGGAGGGAAGACCAAAAAUGAACAUGCAAGGCACAGCUGGUCCUAAAGGAAAAAGAGCUGCAGACAUCAUCAAGAUUAAGACCAAGGAGGACAUGUCUGAAAGAGCAGGGCAGAAGAUCCCAGAGGACUUGGUCAGUUCAGAGGGCCCUCGCCAGCAUUUCAGAGACUUCCGCUACCAGGAGGCAGAAGGUCCCCGAGAGCUCUGCAGCCACCUCCACCAUCUUUCCCGCCAGUGGCUGCAGCCGGAGCGACACACCAAGAGCCAGAUGCUGGACCUGGUGAUCCUGGAGCAGCUGCUGGCCGUCCUGCCGGUGGAGAUGUCCAGCUGGGUGCGGGAGUGCGGAGCGGAGAGCAGCUGCCAGGCGGUGGCCCUGGCCGAAGGCUUCCUCCUGGGUCGGUUGGAACAGAAGAAAGCAGAAGAGCAGGAGGAGAGUCAGAGUCUCUUUCAAGAAGGGGGACCCGCUUCCCUUGCAGCUGCAGCAGAGACCGGGGCACCCGUCACCAGGCAGAGGGGCAUCGUGCAGCAGGGAGAGGCAGGUGAGGGGCCACCUUAUGAGGGAAGGACUAAGAGUGGGGAAGAGAAUAUUUCAAUUUAGCCACCUUGUGGAGUAUGCAAAGAAAUGCCUGGGAUGAUUUUCUCUUCCCCUGAAA